GUAUAAAUGUAUCUCAUGGCCCAGAUGGAGCCAGUGUAUACUGAAGAUGGCAUUCAGAGAAGCAAACACUUUGCUUUUAGCAUUAAUUUGGAUGACAGUUUUCAGAGUCUCACUUGGGAGUCAUCACUUUACACCGCGGAUCAAAGUGAACAGAGAAAAUGGAGCUUUUCUUACAAUAAACACAUCAAAUGGACACAUGAUUGGUAAUCUGACGUUGAUCCAGGAUUCCCACAGAGUAAAUAUCUAUGCCGGAGGACCUCAGGGCCUGUUCAUGUUCGAUCCAAGAAUAAAACAUCCAACACUGACGAAGGUGAAAUUGCCCAUAUUGGAACCUGAAUGCAUGAACAGUUCUACUAAUUGUAAAUAUGAAAUCUCCAUGCUGAAAGAGGGGAGGAACGGAAACCCACUGUUCCUGUGUAGAACCACAGAACAUCACACAAACUGCUGUGAUGUGGAACGUUUAGGAAUUUCUAGUUCAGAGCACAAGCAGGUGAACUGCUUCAUCUUGAGGUAUCCAACACAAAUCAACGAGCCGUCUGUUCAUGUUGAUGAUUCUCUAUAUUACACGAUCUCAGAUCUGGGCACAGAUUUUCCCAGCGGCCUCUACAGAGAGACCAGAGAUAAAUACAUCUUUCCCCUUGCAAGAGAAAUCGAGCAGAGGCAUGUAAAAAUCUUAGCAAAUAAAGGGAAUGGAUCACUGGAUGGAAAAGUCUACUCCUUCUACAUAGAGAAAAACCAGAACCAGAACUCAGACCUGCCUCAAUGGAUACCUCGAGUUUCUCAGAUCUGCAUGGCGGAUCUCGGUGGCAGUAAAGCAAUGCUGCAGUUCCGCUGGACAUCCAUGCUGACUGCUCGCCUGUUCUGUGGAGAUGAGAAGAAGCGUCUCUCGUAUACCGAGCUGCUGGACGUUGCUGUACUGGAAGCUACUGAAUGGGAAAACACCAUGAUUUACACCCUCUUCAAAAAUACCUACAACUUGAGAGCCGUGUGCAUUUACAAAAUGUCUGACAUCAUUCGCGUCUUCACGAGCAACACAUUCACAGCAGCAGAGAAGGAGCCUUUUUCUUCACCUCGUCCUGGAGAGUGUGUACAAAACAGUCCUACGUUAUCGUCAAACAUUCUGAAGUUCAUGGAUAGUCUUCCUGAGCUGGAGCAGUGGAUUAAACCUGUACGAGACCCUGUGGUGUUCGAGAACAACUAUCACUACACACACAUCCAGGUGGACACACUUGUGAACAGGAAGUCAGGACAUAGCCAUCAUGUCCUCUUCAUGAGUCUCGACAAUGGCAAUGUACAUAAAAUCCUGGACCAGGAGGACAAGCCCUUUAUCAUCGCCGAGUACAAGCUCUUUAAAUCCAGGACACACAUCAAUAGCAUGCUGCUCGACAGAGUAACUAAAAAGCUCUUUGUGAGCUCCAGCACCGAGGUGGUCCAGAUUGACCUGUCCAACUGCAGCAUUUACGGGAAAGACUGUAAGUCGUGUGUCAUUGCCCGGGACCCGUAUUGCAGCUGGGACUCGGAGGAGUGUUCGGCUGAUGAUAGAUCCUCAAUACAAGAUGUAACCCAUGGAAGCCACACGACAUGUGAUGAUGGUGUCCCCAGAACAGACCGGUUCCGUGGAGAAGGCAAAACGGACGUCCCUGAGAGCGUCCCUCAAUACUCAAAAUAUUACCUUAAAUGUCCAGUGGAAUCCUAUCAUGCCUCAUAUUCAUGGCACCACCAGGACAGUAGGAAGGACUGCGUCUCAACUGAACAUGGCUGCCUUUUGCUGAUCGACAGCAUGAGCGAAAAGGACGAAGGCGAUUAUCAGUGCAUCGCUUCGGAGAACGGCUACCAGAAGACGUUGGUCCAUCAGAAGCUACAGAUGAACGGCGCAUCUGAAACCAGAGCGACUCGAGUAUCUUUAGCGUGCCUUCUGUUCCUGAUCUCUGUGAUCUGCUAGUGCUGUUCCUGUGUUCUGGGAACUGAAAUACAUACAAACAAACACAAAACUCAGAAGACCUUAGUCCUGGAUGAGUAGACUGAACCAGACCAUGCGCUUUACUAACACUGAGAUUCUUCCUGUAUACACCAGUGUUACCACAUCUUCCACUUCUUCGUUGCACUCGAGGUGUGUGACUCGACUCAUGAAGCCCAGAGAAUGACCAAUACUUACGAUUGCUUCAUUACAGUGUCCACAAGUUUCUACAAGAACAGAGAAAAAUACAAUUUUACACCAUCACAAACUGUAAAAUCACAUGUAUAUAGUUUCAACAGUGUUGCAAGUUAUAAUGAACCAUUAAUAGCAUUUGCACUUUGUAGUUUAAUUAGAUUAGUUUUUCUAUUUUUUUAAGACCAUAAAGAAGAAAAAUCAGUCUGUUGCAAAGCGUAUGAAUGUGUCACACAUGAACCUCAUCAGGAUUUAUUUAUGAUUUAAUAUUUUGGAUGGACGGACGGUUUCUGAGAUGUUUGUGAGUCCAGAGCAGAUCUUUAAUAUCUGUUGGUGUGAGAUGUGAUGAGGAGUAGAUGAAGAUGAAGAGGUGCAGCAUGGGAAAUAUCUUCAUGGACAGCAGAUUGCGUAUAUAUAGGAUUAUUAUGCAGUGUAAAUGGAGCGAGGAGGAACUUUCCUCUUACUUGAGUUAAUUCUUCUUCGUACACUCAUUAAAACAACUCAGUGAUCUCUGCUGCCUCCUUCCAAGCUUUAUUUUUAUUUCUGCCUCUGUAUGUGUUAUAUGUUUUCUAGUAAAUAAUAAAACCUGUUUUUUCCAGGUCAAA